AUGCCGAGCCAUUCAUCCCUCGCGUCCUUCCUACCUCUGGAGCUUCCGAACUUCCUUGCGAUUAGAUCGUCGCCUAGAACGGCAGAUGCCAGAAAACGUCUGAGAAUCUCCGCGCCAAAUGAUCCCGUAAUCUUGACUUCGAGUCCUCCAGUUUCCGAAUCUAGGGCCAGAGACGAGAUGUCAGUCUUUGGCGCCCCGGCUUUGACGAUGGCUCCGCCUCCGCAAUAUUACUCCUCGCCUCCGCCGGAUUACAAGCCGUCCACACUCAGUAUACAGCAAUCGCCAUUAGGAUCGCAUCCUAUGCCGAUUCUGCCACCGCCGCCAUCUGACAAACGCCCACCAUCACCCGCGCCGUCUGCGCUCUCGCCGCCAUCAUCACUCCACGACCUGCCAAGAUACACGCCUCGAGAAUCGAUUUCGGCGAGGGAUUCGGCAGCCAAGGCUAAACCGCGACCAAGCGCGAACACAUGGGCGGCUUGGAUCCCGUGGAACUGGUUGUCACCCCCACGGCGGAGCGGGUGUACGAUAGCGGGAAGCACGGGACAAGGAAGUCGGGAUCAGGUGGACGGUGACAGAGGAAUCGAGCUGGAUGCGCAUGAGCAGCAACAGUACGAGCUUGAUCAACAGCCGGUGGCGAGAGAAGAUAAGCACAGGGAGAGAUAUUGGUGCUGUGGGUGCUUCUGA